CUUAUUCCUCCUUUGAGAACACUCCUUUCUGAAUUUCCUGUGGCAGCUAGCUCUCCCACUGCUGGUAGUCGCUAUGUCUGGACGCGGAAAGCAAGGCGGCAAAGCGCGGGCUAAGGCCAAGACGCGGUCUUCCAGGGCCGGUCUGCAGUUCCCGGUGGGUCGCGUGCACCGUCUUUUGCGCAAGGGCAACUACUCUGAGCGAGUUGGAGCCGGCGCCCCGGUGUACCUGGCGGCGGUGCUGGAGUACCUGACGGCCGAAAUUCUGGAGCUGGCAGGAAACGCAGCCCGGGACAACAAAAAGACUCGCAUCAUCCCGCGCCAUCUACAGCUGGCCAUCCGCAAUGACGAGGAGCUGAACAAGCUUCUGGGUCGUGUUACCAUUGCUCAGGGCGGCGUCCUGCCCAAUAUCCAGGCUGUGCUGCUGCCCAAGAAGACCGAGAGCCACCACAAGGCUAAGGAAAGCAACCUGAAGACCAAUGAGACCACAGCGCGGACGGAUAAACCGAACCGGUCUGCUCAUUAAAUAUGAGCUGAAAUUGCACGGUACAACAAUGCAGUCCGUUUACUCUUUUCUGUCGUCCUGGCUUGUACCAAGCUGACAGCGUGUAAGUCCACCGGCGCAAGCAGCUGGCCACCAAGGCGGCUCGCAAUAGCGCGCUAGCCACCGGCGGCGUGAAAAGGUCCCACCGCUACGGCCCCUGCACCGUAGCCCUGCAGGAGAUCCGCCGCCACUCAGAGCCACUGAUGGCAAACUGCCUUUCCAGAGCCUGGUCCGGGACUUCAGGACCGCCUUGCACUUUAAGAGUUUGGCGGUGAUGGUGCUGCAGGAG